UCUCUCUGCUUCAUUUUGAUCCCCACCGUCGCAUUUCGUAGGAGGCCGGAGGAAGCGCCGCUACCGCCGAACACGCCCCCCUUCCCCGCUCUCGAAAACGCUCGACGAUCCCAUCGCCCACGAAAUCAGAAACCCUAGAUGAAUCAUCGGCGCCCAAUUACCUCCUAAAUCCGCUUCAAUUCCCCUCUCGGAUCGCGAUGAUCGCCUGAAUCGUACGGAUUCGGCCCUCGUCGCCGCAGAUCCGUGCCUACGAUCCAUUUCUCGUCCAAUUCAGGAGCAGCAUGUUAAUCUUAUGAGAUGACUCAGCGGUGGCUGGAUGAUGGAAAGUUCCCAGCAUCUGAUCCGCCAUCUUGUUUUAAUCCUACUUCAUCAUAUUCAACCGUGAGACGCAGAAAUGUCUUUCAGUUGCUAGUUCAGAGGGAAAUUUCCCCUCGGACAAAACGAUGUAGGAAAAACCUUUGGGGUGAAGUUUCAACUUAUGAACCUGACAAUUGUUGGUCAAGAUGUGAAAUGACAGAUGCAAAAUAUGCUCUUUCUUCUUGGGUAGAAUCAGAAUCGUUGCGUCACUUGUCAGCCAAAUACUGUUCCCUUCGACCACCUCCUAGGUCCACAAUUGCGGCAGCAUUUAGUCCUGAUGGAACUACACUUGCCUCGACACAUGGUGAUCACACUGUGAAGAUAAUUCAUUGCCAAACUGGAAACUGUCUUAAGGUGUUGAGUGGCCAUCGGCGCACUCCUUGGGUGGUCAGGUUCCACCCUUUAUUCUCAGAAAUACUAGCUAGUGGUAGCUUAGAUCAUGAAGUUCGUCUGUGGGAUGCACGUACUGCAGUUUGUAUAGGAUCUCACACUUUCUAUCGCCCCAUUGCCUCUAUUGCUUUUCAUGCACAAGGAGAACUUCUUGCUGUAGCUUCAGGUCAUAAGCUGUACAUAUGGAACUACAACAGGAGAGGGGAGGAUUCUUCCCCGGUAAUGGUACUUAAAACUCGCCGUUCACUAAGGGCUGUGCAUUUUCAUCCCCAUGCUGCUCCGUUCCUGUUAACAGCCGAGGUUAAUGAUAUUGAUUUGGCAGAUUCACCUUUGACGGUUGCAACAUCUACUGGUUAUUCACACUAUCCUCCUCCUGCUAUAUUUUUAGCAAACGUUAAUGGCAGUCUCGAGCAACAUCUAGAGGCUAAAGUGCCUCUUAUACAUUCUCCUUGCAUCUUCUGGCCAGCAGUUGGUAAGGAUGAUGGGAGAACUCAGCCCAAUUCAGAUGGGCUCAAUCAGGACAACCACUCAGCAACCUCAAUGGAUAUUUCUCCAGAAGAACCUUCUGGCUCUAACACUGUAGCAGAAAUGCAUCUGAGAAAUGUAGAAAGUACGCAUCUUCACCAACUUUUGCCCUUCAAUGAUCCAUCCUGGUGGGACCCACCCUUUUCGCAGGGUUGGUUAAUGGUUCAAACUAACACUGGAUCUGAUUCUCGUACUGUUGAACCUCUGACAGCUUCCUCUUCGAUGGCUACUGCUAUGGGCAACUACAGGGCUCGUGCACACUUAGUUUCAAGUGCUGUCUUGGGUUCUAGAGAAGGUGCCUUGUUUUUCGGUGCCCAAAAUAAUGAAGCUGAGGUUCAUCCUAGUGCCCGUGGUAUCGGAUCUGAACUUCCCUCAUCAUUGGCAACAGCAGGAACUGCUGAAUUACCUUGUACAGUAAAGCUUAGAAUAUGGCCACAUGAUAUACGUGAUCCAUGUGCUCUUUUAGAUCCAGAGAGAUGCCUUUUGACUAUAUCACAUGCCGUGCUUUGCAGUGAAAUGGGUGCUCAUUUUUCUCCGUGUGGGCGGUUUUUGGUAGCCUGUGUUGCCUGUUUGCUGCCUCACAUGGAAGUUGAUCCGGGUAUCCAAUCAUCGCAGAUGCAACAUGAUUCUAUAGGGGCUGCAACAUCCCCAACCCGCCACCCAGUUUCUUCACACCGGGUGAUGUAUGAGCUUCGUGUCUAUUCCCUUGAAGAAGCAACAUUUGGAAACAUUCUGGCUUCAAGGGCAAUCAGAGCUGCUCAUUGCUUGACCUCCAUUCAGUUCUCUCCUACAUCAGAACACAUUCUGUUAGCAUACGGUCGUCGCCAUAGUUCACUUCUUAGGAGCAUGGUGAUCGAUGGGGAGACUGCAAUACCUAUAUACACAAUCUUAGAGGUGUAUAGAGUUUCAGAUAUGGAGCUUGUAAGAGUUCUUCCCAGUGCUGAAGAUGAGGUUAAUGUUGCAUGCUUUCAUCCUCUAGCCGGAGGGGGCCUUGUUUAUGGAACAAAGGAAGGCAAGCUCAGGAUUCUUCAGUACAAUCGCCAGCAUGAUACGAACUGCACAGGGCCAAACUUCUUCUUUGAGGAAAAUUUGCUUGAGAUCCAGAAGUAUGCCUUGGAAUGCUGAAAAUUGGCAUCCGCUAUCAUUUUAUCAAUCCAUCUACUCUUUCAUAUUGGCGGAUAACUAGUAUAGAACGACACUCAAGGCCUACUUUCCUUUGCAGGCUGAGUACAAAAAUCUUUGACUUUUCUUCCCAACUAACUCAAAGCUGAAGUUCACUGAAUUGUUUAUUUCAGUUAAUCUAUGAAAGGGCUUGAGCUGGUUCCAAAAAUACUCGAGGUCUGCCGUCAAUGGGAAUACAGAUGUUUGUGUUAUCAUUUUUCCACAUUGUAACCUGCGAACUGUAUCUCCAACUCCCUUUUGUGUCGAAUGUACAUUGCUAGUUAAGCUCAAGUCUAACCUAUUAACUUUCGCAAUAUGCUUUAUGUUUUUUUGCCUUUUUCUGUUUUUCUGUACAUUAGCGUCUAUAUAUAACAAUUUAUUUUUCUUUAAGCAA